GGGUCUAGUGGGUUCCGUCUUCCAGAUUUCUGGCCUCCUUUUUCCUUCACACUUUUUCGGCUCCGAUUUUCUGCAUCGUUUGAUCAAUCACCCAGAAUUCCGGCGGCGAAGAAGCAGCAGAUCAAAUUAAAUCAUGAUUAUUUAUUCUACAUUCUAGUUUAAAUGAUUGAAAGAUGGGAUUUGGAUCUAGUUAUUGCACAUGAAUGACUUGUCAAAGAAUAAUCAUCUUAAGAAAAGAUCUGAGAAGAACUUUUUGAUGGCAAUAGCAGAAGAAUCUAGUUAGGGAAACAACGAUAGCAUCGAAAUGGAGUUAGCAGACAAGACAGUCGGAUUUUUGUUAUCACUCACCAGCUUGUCUAUAUUCACUUAUUAUACUUUAUGGGUCAUCAUCCUGCCAUUUGUAGAUAGCGAUCACUUCAUCCACAACUAUUUCUUACCACAAGAGUAUGCUAUUCUGAUACCUGUGUUUGCUGGUGUGCUACUCCUCUGCUUCUUAGGUUUAUUUGUAGGAAUGGUGAUGCUCAAAUCUAAAAAGAAGAAAGCAUGAGGAUAGUUAUUUGGUAGUUCUUGGUAUUUUUUCUUCUUCUCUCUCCUUUUGGUGUCAAGUUAGUCACUGUUUUCCCUCUUGCCAAAGUCAGUUGAAGUGAAUGUAAUGUAAUGGUUGUUUAAAGAAUUUUUAAGAAAACAGUGUCCAUUUUUUGUUGUAACUGUUCUUCUUGUUCCUGUUUUUUUCUUUUUUUUAGUUUCUUCUCAUAAAUAGGCUGCUACGUUGAGAAUUAUAGAAACAAGGGCGGAGUAAAGCAGGGGGUUGUUCCUCCUUA